GUGGGGUUGUGUGUCAGACCGGGUGAACAGGACACACAGACAGUCCAACUGUCUCUUUCUUUGUCAAUGGCUCUCCAUAGCCUGGAAUACAUGCCUGUUCACCACUGUUCCUGCUCCAAUUGAGAAGGACUUGGAAUCAGCAAAAUAAUUGCAGGUCCAAUUAGCAUUACUUCAGAAACAAGCACAAAACCCCAAAUGCUGAACUAACUGUUUCAGUGAAGGUAUGCAUGGACGGAAUCAUUGAGGUGAAACAAUAGUGUAACGGUGCACAUUCCAGUUGGUAUUUCAGUCUCGGCUCUCCGCCCCACAGAUGGAGAACCACACAUUCAGCAUGGACCUUCUCAAGCUAGAGGGGGUUAAAGUCAUCUAUCAGUCCACCUACCCUGCCUUCAUACUCCUCCUUAUCAUCUACAUCGUCACAAUGGUGGCCAACAUCGGCCUCACAGUGCUAAUCUGCAUGGAAAGGAGCCUGCACCACCCCAUGUACAUCCUCCUUUGCAACAUGUCUUUCAACGAUGCUCUCAGUAUCACCACCAUCAUACCUCGAGUGCUGUUCGACAUUUUAACACCUAGAUCAGACAGAUAUAUUACCUACAAUGAGUGUUUCACCCAAGCAUUUUUGGGUCACUGGUUUGGUUCAAACUUUCAUACGAUACUGAUGAUCAUGGCUUUUGACAGGUAUUUGGCCAUCUGCAACCCUCUGCGAUACGCCACCAUCAUGAACAACAAAAUGCUGGUGAAGCUGUGUGUGUUUGCCUGGGUGGUGUCCCUUGUCUUUGUGGCUGUGCUCCUGGGCCUCACCCUCCGCUUGUCACGUUGCAGGUCGGAAAUCAUCAACCCUUGGUGUGACAAUGCCUCAUUAUUCAAGCUCUCCUGUGAGAGUGUGCUUAUAAAUAACAUUUAUGGACUAUUUUUCACCACUAUCUUCUUCAUCGCCUCCAUGGGGAGUGUGGCUCUGACAUACAUUAGAAUCACCAUGGUGUGUGUGAGGAGUAAGAGCAAGUCGCUAAACAGCAAAGCUCUGCACACCUGUUUCACACACCUGGCUGUAUACCUCAUUAUGCUGAUGACAGGUUUCAUCAUUGUCUUUCUUCAUCGCUACCCUGAGUGGUCAGACCACAGGAAACUUGCAUCAAUUAUGUUUUAUGUGGUUCCUCCUGCACUGAACCCCAUUAUCUAUGGGCUGCAGUCCAAAGACAUUCGCAAACUAGUUGUAAAUAUCUCCCAUUGCAACAAAGUUUCACCAUGAGUUUAACACACAUUAUAUUUUUCACAUACGUACAAACAUGUAUACAUUAAAUUGUAUGCCAAGAGGAGAGAAACAUUUACAUUAUUACUCAUAAUUUGUCAUUUUCAUCCUCAAUCCUCGACCUUGGUGGUUGUCAAGCACCAGUGUGGUUUACUGAGGCUAAGGGUGAAUAGGAGGAACUGCUCCCUUUGCGUCCUUGACACCAAGUAGGUGAGCUCAUACAGGUGUCUUGGGUUUCAUAUUGACAGCAGUCUGUGUUGGUGCACCAUGUGGAGGACAUGUGCUCACGCAUCCAACAAUGUAAAAAAUUAAAUUUAAAAAAGCCUGUACUUUCUCUAUCGACUCAGGGUUUAUUGAGUAAACAAGAACAUAAUGCUUCUCUUCUAUAGAACAACCAUUGGAGUCGAUCCUACGCUACAGCAAUUUUACUUGGUUUGGCUUCCUGAAAGUGCAGCUCAAAGCCCAAAUCCUGACCUAGACAGCAGGGAAGCUCAUAGGCAUGACAUAUAUCUGGCUAGCAGGCUUUAAUAAUGUAGAACUGCCAACAAGUGACAACCUUUCCAUGGCAUAACAUUUUUUGUGUGUGUGGGGAGGGGGGUGUAUGAUGAUGUAUUCUAUGUAGUACGAUUAUGUAUUCUAUGUAGAAGCAGCAGCACUUUUUAAUUGUCCAUAACAAAGUAUCUAUCCUCUCAUAAUCUCCCUCUCCUCAACCCCACAUCUUUACAGAAAUAUAUAUACAGUGUA